AUGAGUGAUCCCGGACGCUUCCAAUUAUACAAACCCCCCUUUAGCCAGACCAUACCCGAGGAGAUACGGCGAUUCGCUCAUCUCCUUAUCCAGGCUAUGCAGCCCCAGCUACAUGGAGCUUUCCUUGAACUUUCUUGCACGAAUUCCUUGGAGUUCUCUGCCGCAGGGAUAAGCUGUGGACGAUUGGCGCAGGGUAUACAAGAUGGUGUGAAUGGUGGGAGGGUGAAAUUUCUCACCUGCACGAGAUGCUGCAGUCAGUUGGCCGCAGGAGACGGUGUACCAUCUAAACUGUUCCUGGUCUCUGCGCUCGGCCAGCCAGACGCAACCCUAGGAGCUCUUAAUGCGAAGCACAGACGAGUGAAAAAGGCUUAA